AUGGCGUCGCCAAAUGAUAUCGACGAUGCUAUAAAGGACAUCGUCGACAAGAACUACGGCGUCAACGCUGCAGAUAUCGACUUCUUUCUCAGGGACAACUUCAUGGAUUCGAGCUCCCCCAAAACAGGAGCUGUGGUCGAACCUGCCCCACCGGUUACUGAGGAGCAUGUUUCACGAAAGGAUGCUAGUACAAAACCAUCACCACGACCACCAAAGCUAGAGUCUUUCCCUACAAUGAAAAGCGAACCCCCAAAACCUGACCCAACGCCGCUGGCGGCAGAGUUGAGACGGGAGUCUGUGUCGAGUCAACCAGAACAGUCAUACAAAAAACGUGGUCUGGUACUGCUGGUACUGAGUCAGGGUCUGGCUAGUUCCACUGGUGGAUUUUUCAAUAAGCUUAAGGGAAAAUUGCACAGAUCGUUGUCUCUCUCUGAAGCAAACAAGCUUCAAGGCAAUCCCCAUAAUUCUCGUCCCGAAGAGAAUACGCCCCCACCACCAGUCACUCAAGAGCCUCCUGGUUUCAACAGGCAGUUCAAUUUCGAUAACUCACGAGUUCAGCCACCACCACCUCGGCGACUGCUGUUGCUGGCGGCACCAUCUGGGAACCAGUUUGAUGAGUACGUACGGAUGUUCUCUGAGCACACGAUUCGGAAGGAGGCUAGUAAGGUGAGAGAAUGGCUGCGCGAUGAAAUACCUGAGCAUCCAGAGACCCUGCCAUUGCCGCUGGUGCUCGUAAACGGUGGAGCGAAGUCACCAGUCAAUGUGGAUGCAUUGAGACAAGAUGGACAGGGACAAUCUAAGUUUACCUCAUUAUUAAGACGGCGUACGAUAACUUCAGAGCAGCAAAAUGAGCUGCCACGCUCUUCGAAACUGCUGCUCGAUCUGCAGUCAGUCAAUGCGGGUGAGAGUAAGCAAUUUUGUAAGCCUCUCUUGAGAGUUGCAUUCGCGCUGAACACAUUUUUGAUCGAUCCACCACAACAAAUCCCACUGCGAAACCCGAGAGUAGGAAAUGUCACUGUUGAGAACGGCUGUCUCAACGUGCGUCCUCUUACAGAUGAGGAAAAGAAGCAAGUUGAGCUUUCUUUGAUGGGUAAAGGAGGUGGAAUCGUAGUGGGUGGAACAGGCGCACUAGGUACUAUUGACAAAGAUGACGAUCCGGUUGAGGACAUCUCUUCCUCAAUAACCCCAUCCCUUUCUAAUGACCCAGAUGAGCCUGCCAUCGACUCCCAUAUGAAAAAUGUGGCAAUUGACAAACCCCUUGUGAAGCCUCGCUCUGACUAUUAUCUGGCACCGGUGAAGAAGAUGGCUCUCGACUUGAUGUACACGCGUUGUUGUCAUUUGCGUGAGAUCCUUCCCAUUCCUGCUAUUCUCAAGCAAAUCCCGAAGGGUCUGAUGCUGCCCAUACCAUUGUUGCAAAUUCGUAAUCCCUCACCCCUGAUGAUCGAGAUUCAAACGUUCGCUGACUUCAUUCGAAUUGCCCCUAUUGUAUGCUUGUCAUUGGAUGGUGUUCAAUUUUCAGUGGAGCAAUUCAAAAUAAUUCUUUCGGCAAUCUCCCUGAAAUCCCAGUUAGAAAAGUUGCUGUUGCGCAAUACACCCCUCGAUCACGAUGGUUGGGAGUUACUCUGUUGGUUCAUGUCUCGCAAUGUGAAACUCAGUAAGUUGGAUAUAACACAGUGUCCAUCCCUACACGUAAAUGUGCUCAAAAAGAAAAAGAAACUGCUGAAGCAGGUAGAGGAGAUCAAUCGAAUGGUUUGCAAUAUGGAGAAUAGGAGCGACAUGAAUUGGGAACUCUUCGUUGCAUCUUUACUUGCCCGUGGAGGUAUUGAGGAACUCAUCUUGACAGGUUGCUGCAUCAAUGAUUUGGACUUAUUUGAAAAAUUGAUAGCUCGGGUUGUUUCUAUUAAAACGCUGAGAUUAGGGUUGGCCUUCAAUCAGCUAGACCAUCGACACAUGAAGGUUCUUUUGGAUUGGGUCUUGUCUUCAAAAGCGCGUGGUUUGGAUUUGGGUUAUAAUGAUUUUUCAAGUCAAGACAUGGUUGAAAUGGUUAUUCGAAAACUUCGGACUACUGAAAGCGAGAAACGUAUUCCACAAGCGCUGUUGGCAUUUCUUUCUUUGAAUUCCACGAACAUGCGAUUUUGCGAUGAAGUCAAAGAGAUGUUUGACAUAUUUUUAACCAGAUUACCAAAUCUCAAGUAUUUGGAUUUGAGUAACAAUCAACGAUUUUUUGGGACACUCUCAGAAGGUAUUAAUGCUGUCCCUGAAGCCGAGUGCGUCAACUAUGUCCUCGAAAGAUUGCCUCUUUUCCCUCAACUCGUUCGUUGCCACCUAGAGAGGAAUAAUUUUUCCAGAGAUCUGAUGUUAGAAAUAGCCAAAACGUUACCAUUUUGCAGACGCUUGAGUUAUAUAUCCCUUGAGGGAAAUUCCAUUGAUCUCACGUGCGCUACUGCCUUGGUGCAAGCAGUCAAGAAUUCACUGUCGAUCAUUUAUUUGGAGUGCGAUUACAGCAACUUCCCUCUCCUUUAUAAAGAACGUGUUGGGUUGUACACAAUGCGUAACAUGGAGCAACUCCUUCAACGGACUUUGGGUAGUGACAACUCAGAUGCUCGCGCCAACGCAAAUUCGCUUACACAACAACUCAAUAAGUUACUCUCUAAGAAGGCCGAACAAAAGCUUGACAUCAAUGAUGCCGAAGUGAGGGAAUUUAUUGCGCGGGCAAUGAAGGUGAAGCAAGAAUUGCGCUCGUCAAUCCAGCAAUUAUUGAAUAUGCAAUUGAAACAAGAGCUUGAUCUUGAGGGUAAAGAAACUCUCAUUAGGUUCAUUUUCUUGGAUCUGGCGCUUUCAACAGGCCUUCAAUUGAUUGAUCCGGUAAUUCUCCAGAAUCCGGAUGCAAAGGUCGCACAUCAACAAGUUCUCGAAUUAAUACAACGUACUGGUGCUGAAGGUCAAGACAGAAUCGGAAAGGGUUUCGAAACUGAGAAAGUCAUUCCAAUGGAGGAGGUUUCCCUGAUUCAGGAACUGCUCACACCCGCUGUUCUGCGACUGGCUUCAAGAACUAAUAUCCAAUCUUUGGAGAAGGAAGAAGGGCUGUUUAUGAAACUUGGGCAGUUGCUGAAGUAUCACAUGCCAGUUAGUACUAAUAGACUUGAGGGUGUUUCGGGUGACGAGAUACGCAAGAAUUUAAGCAGUGUUGAUCUUGAUGACUUAGAUGCGAUUAUUGGAUACAUGCUGAAGCUCAAGGCGCAAGGUAUCACUUUGAAAGAUCUUUAUAAUAGCGCCGAGGGGCACGAAUGUGGACCAGAAUUAGAGUACACUCAUGAAAAGCUUUUGGAGUUAGAAAAGCGUAUGCUUAAUCUAGCUUGUAAAGAUCGGAAUGAGAUACCGGUGCCUGCAGAUGAUCGCUAUCCGAAAUAUCAACCUUCGAAAGAGGAGUAUGGUGAGGUCAUCAAUGAGGCAUAUAACAGCUUGGUUAAAAGCUUCACUCAUGAAUCAGUCGAUUGA